AUGACCUACUCCAGCCCAUCCAUCGAUGAGCAUCUCAGCAGCUUCCCUGUCGGAUCCAGGGUGACCUACACCUGCCUUGAGGGCACCAUCAAGGUGCCUGGGAGGUCAGACACGGUGGUGUGCCUGCCUGGGGCACGCUGGUCACAGCUGCCCGAGCCCUGCGGCCGGAGCUGCUCUGCCCCAACAAGGCUGAGGUUUGCUGCCCUCUCCAAGGUGGAUGAGAGGAUAAAUUUCUUUCCUGUUGGGACCAAUGUGAGCUACUUCUGCCGGCCUGGCUACGAGAACACCUCGGACAGUGUCCCCACCAGCACCUGCCUGGACAACCUGACCUGGUCAGAAGCUGCUGAGCUGUGCAGGAGGAAAUCCUGUGGGGAGCCAGGAGUGGUGCCUGGGGGCAGGAUGGACCUUCUGACAGACCUGCAGUUCGGUGCCACAGUGAAGGUGCUCUGCCAGCAGGGGUACAGAUUAGAAGGAAGAGAUUUCAUCCUGUGCCAGCUCAAAGGGAACGACGUCGAAUGGAGUCAGCUCCCAACCUGUGAACUGAUCACCUGCUCCUCACCUCCUCAAAUCAGCAAUGGGCAACACGAUGGUGAAGGUGUAGGGAAGUUUGUGUACAACUCAACAGUCACCUACAGCUGUGCCCCUGGCUUCCAGCUCGUUGGCAAUGCAAGCAUCCAUUGCACAAGCAGGGAUGAGACAAAAGGAGUCUGGAGUGGAGCUGCACCAGAAUGCAAAGAGAAAAGCACAUCUGUCAAAGCUGGAGGGAAAGACAUGCAGAGGAGACCUGCCCACAGCCCUCCUCCCCACAGCUCCCAUGGGAAUGCCAUCCAAGCAUCUAAGAAGGCUUCCAAGUGGGAAAUGAAGCUGAGCCUCUACAAAAAGUCACUCCAGAGCACAGCCUCCUUCUCCCACUCUUCUUCUUUCUCCAAGACACCAGUGCCCAGGAGCUGUGCUGCCUCAGCCCUCAGAUUUGCUGUUCCUCUGUACAAAACCCACAGCUACUCAGCUCCUGGCACCGGCCGAGGACGCUGGUGUCUGCCAAAGUACAUGGGCAUCUCUGGCAUCCUCCCCCAAGCCAGCUGCUUUGCAAACAUGAAAAGGUCCAAAAUGGCAUCAUUUUGUGGAACGAGGUCGUGGGCAGCCCGGAGGAGCUGGGCAUGGCAGAAGUGCUGCUACAGCAGGUUCCCCAUCCCCUGCAAAGGAUUCUUCUACACAUGACCAAGCUUAGAAGCAGUCUGUGAUGGACCUGCCCUCCUCCAGUGACACCAUGACCGAGGGACCCCUGUGCAGGAAACCCUAGGAGGAGGCAUUUACACCUUCCUGGCAUGGUUGCAAGGAAAAUAGGUACAUGCUGCUGCUGCUGCCUCCCCACUGCAGAUGUGGGCACAGAGAAAUGAGAUCCCACCUAGGCAGAGCUGACACUUACCUGCUUAAACACAGCACUGGAAGUAUGAUGCAUGGAGACCUUUCACCAUGGGCUGGUUCUGAAGUGCCCCAGGUCAUGGUUGGACUUGUGAGGACUCUUAGACUUUAAAAUGAUAAGAGACUAAGCUGGACCAGGUCUGUAUGUACAAAAUGCCUUUGUUCUGGUUUGAUUGGUGACAUGUUCUAAAGUUCUAACACAUCAUUUAAAAGGGCUUCUGAAA